AUGCUCAAAAGACCUCCUGUCCCCAAAUUUCAUGAAGAAUGCAAUACUCCAAAGAGGAAUCAGGAUAUGUACGAAUUGAUUUCCGACAUUGUUUUCAAAAUGAAUCUAGAUGAUGAAGUAGAAAAAAAAUCAAUCUCCAUCUUUAAUGAUUUAUCCAUUCCGAAUUCCUAUAUGCAUGCAUAAGCAUUAGUCUAUUGUGCAAUGAGUGAGUUACAAUACAAGGUACCUGAAACAGAUGAGAAGCUCCUAAACUUGGCUAAAUGUAUUUAAUAACAACAUUCUUCUUUGAUUACAACUCUUUGCAAAAAACUCAAAAUAGAUUCAAAAGCUACAACUGUUUGUGCUACACUCUUGAGGUAAAUGUAGCCUCUCAUCUAAAAAUUGCCAAAAUCUCUUUAAAAUGCUAUUGCAGUAAAAAUAGCCACUGAUAUCAUAUACCUGAAACAAGGUGGUAUCAAUAUCAGGUUGAUUGCAUACUAAGCUAAUAUUACUCCAUAAUAGUUACAAACCAGCAUUAAUAGAAUAAGACCAUUUGCUUUCUAAAUCAUAUAAGAUCUGUUCAAUUAUUUUAAUCAUCAUUCUAUUUGA